AUGGACAAGAGUUGGAUUGCAUUAGGUAGCACAGUUGAUGGAAGGAUAAGUCGGGCAUAUAAUGAUGGGUGUGUGAAUGUUGUUCGUCAAAAUUUUCAAAUUGUUCAAAUUCAUUUGCUGCAACAUGGGAUUAUUCCAACUUACAUUAUCUGGCACGUGCAUGGGGAACCCCGUGAAUCAAAUGAGGCUUAUCAUCAUGAUAUACCCGUUGAGGGCAAUGAGGAUUUGGGAGGUAUUGAUGCCUUAGUGGAAGAUCGAAUAAGAGGGGAAUUAACUAAUACAACUCAAGAGGAGGAGGUUCGCACUUUUGAUAAAUUAUUGAAUGAUGCCAAACGUGAGGUGUACCCAGGUUGCACAAAUUACACUUUGUUAAAAUUUGUCAUCGAGAUACUUAAUAUGAAGGUAACAAACCAUUGGAGUAAUAAGUCAGUUGACAUGAUGCUAGAGUUUUUAACAAAACUUUUACCGAAGGAUAAUUUGGUUCCAAAGUCAACUUAUGAAGCUAAAAAAAUACUACGUGAAUUGGGUUUGUCAUACGAGCUCAUUGAUGCUUGUGUAAACGAUUGCGUGCUCUUUUGGAAGGGGAAUGCAACACUAGAUAAAUGUCCAAAUUGUAAGGCUUCUAGAUACAAGACAAAUCAUGGUAGAGGUAAGAAGAUCUCUCGUAAGGUUCUUCGAUACUUCCCAUUAACACCGAGAUUGAAAAGGUUGUACAUGUCGAGGAAGAGAGCCGAGGAUAUGAAAUGGUUUAAGGAAAAACAUCUAGAUGACGGUGUAUUGAGGCAUCUUACAGAUAGUGAUGAGUGGAAGGAAUUCGAUACACAACAUCCUGAAUUUGCCUUGGAGCCUCGAAAUGUGAGGCUAGGUUUGGCUACUGAUGGUUUUAACCCUUUCGGAAAUAUGAAUAACUCAUAUAGUUUGUGGCCUGUCGUACUCAUUCCAUACAACUUGCCACCGUGGUUGGCUAUGAAGGACCCAUUUUUCAUGCUAUCAUUACUUAUUCCUGGUGAAUCACAACCAGGAAUUGAUAUUGAUGUCUACAUGAGACCUUUAGUGGAAGAAUUGAAUGAAUUAUGGAAAAAUGGUACAUUAACCUAUGAUGCCUCGACUGAGGUAAGACUACGUAUAGUAACCAUCGAUGUUACUUGCCUGAUGACCAUCCAGAAAGGCGAAAGAGUAGAGCAUAUAAUGGCAAGCAUGAAAAAACGGAAGAGAUCUUUGGUGAUACCGAUAGAAAAAAUUGAAGGACAAUUGGGCAGCGUGACGGGUGUCACAUAUGGAAAACAUCCAAGCAACAGGAAAAGACCUCGUCAGAACCCAAAUUGGACAAAGGUAAGCAUCUUGUAUGAGCUACCGUAUUGGAAGAAAAGGAGGCUUCGACACAACAUUGAUGUCAUGCAUGUGGAGAAGAACUUUAGUGAAAAUGUUUUUGGAACGAUGUUGGGAAUUGAUGGGAAGAACAAGGAUACAGAUAAGGCACGAAUGGAUUUAGAAGAUAUGAAUAUAAGGAAAGAAUUGUGGCUAACAACAAAUCCCGAUGGAUCAUAUGUGAAGCCGCGAGCCAGCUUCUCAUUGACCCCUAAAGAGAGAGAGGGUUUCUUUGAAUUCUUGAAAUCAGUCAAGUAUCCAGAUGGGUAUGCGGCAAAUAUUUCGAGAUCAGUGAAUGCAAAAAAUAGUAGAUUAACAGGAUUGAAAAGCCACGACUGCCAUGUAUUUAUACAACGGAUUCUUCCUAUUGGGAUGCGUGGUUACGUAGAUAAAGAGAUCAGUACAACACUUUUUGAGUUAGGUAGCUUCUUCCAAGAUCUAUGCUCAAGGACACUGAAACGAAGUGAAAUGGAGAAAUUAGAGGAAUGUAUAGUACUCAUACUAUGUAAGUUUGAAAAGAUCUUUCCUUCAGCCUUCUUCGAUGUGAUGGUUCAUUUGGCCAUUCACUUGCCAUGUGAGACUAUUCUCGGAGGACAUGUGCAAUAUCGGUGGAUGUACCCAAUUGAAAGGUUUCUCAGAGCUUUGAAAAAGUUUGUCACCAAUCGAGCUCGACCAGAAGGUUCUAUUGCAGAGGCUUACAUUGUCAAUGAGUGCAUUACUUUUUGCUCAAUGGAACACAAGAAUUUGUUACAAAUUCCCACUGGACAAGAUAUAACUCAGAUACAACAUAAGGAAUUUCCGAAGUGGUUCAAAGAAUAUAUAAAUAGAUUGAGAGUUGAUGAGGCACCAGAAGCAACCGAAGAAUUGUGGUCAUUAGCGAAUGGUCCUAAUUUUCUAGUGAAAGAGUACUCGGGUUGUAUAAUCAAUGGUUACAACACCGGUAACACUGGUAGAAGUAGAACAGUACGAGCUGACGCAUAUUGCACAAGCAUCGAUGUCACAAGCCGAUGGUAUCAAUCUGACCCUUUUAUCUUGCCUAGUCAAGCUAAGCUAGUGUUCUACCUGAAUGACACCAAAUGGGGGCAACCUUGGCAAGUCGUGCAACGGGUCCAACAUAAAGGUGUGUUUGAUGUGCCAGAGGUUGGUGAUGGAGAACCACCAGAUCAACUAGAAUUUAAUGAUGCAUUCCAACAAGAAAACAUUAACUCAGUUGUCCCGAUCAACAUUGAAGAUAUUAUUCGAUUUCAUAGGGAUGAUAUUGAAGUUGAGGUUAUUUCAAAUAACACAAAGAGAGAUGGUAGAGAUGACGAAGAAGAUGAAGAACUUGGCAUACUUGAUGAUGAUAUGGAUCCUGAUAUGGAACCUGAUAUGGAUUAUAAUAUGUAG